AUGGCACCAACUUUGAAGAAACAGAAGAUAGAUAAUAAAGGUAAAUUUAUAAAUAAAUCAAAGGCAAAAGUAACAAUAGAACAAGAAGAAAAUAAGAAAAUAGAAGAAGAAAGUAGUAGUGAAGAAUCUGCUUCAGAUAGUGUACAAAGUAUAUUAGAUGAAGAUGAUGAUAUAGACUCAAAUGUUGAAGUAGAUGUAGACGGAGUAUCCAGUGAAGAUAGUGAAGAAGAAGAAAGAGGAGGUGACGAAGAUGGUUCCGAUGAUACAGAGUCAGAAUCAUAUCCUAAAUUGAAAAAGAAAUCAAAUAAAGAUGAUGGGUCAGAAUCAUUUGCAAAUGCAUUCAAUUCUAUAAUAAAUUCCAAAUUAAAAGCAUAUGAUAGAAAAGAUCCGAUACUAGCAAGAAAUAAAGUUACUUUAAAAAAACUCGAGAGUGAAAAAUUGGAAAAUAAAGCAAAACGUGCAUUAUUAGCUGAAAAGAAACAAUUACAAGAUAAAUAUAGAAUUAAACAAUUAUUACCAGUUGCUUCAUCAUCUGAAAAUCCAAAUGAAAUAAGACAAAUCCUUGAAAAAGAAAAGAAUUUAAAGAAAAUAGCACAAAAGGGUGUUGUUAAAUUAUUUAAUGCUGUUUUAUCAACUCAAAUUAAAACAAGUGCAAGUGUUGGUGAUGUUAAAUUGGGAUCUAAAUCAAAAGAAGAAUUAUUAACUGAAGUUUCAAAAGAUAAAUUUUUAGAUUUGAUACAAGCUGCAGGAGAAGAAUAA